UGCUUGUGUUGGUUAUCCAGAUGUUAAAAAUGUUAAAGGCCAAGGUCAGAUAUUCUAUCGAAUUACAAGUUUAUUUUUCAAGUUAAUGUUGCUUUUUUCUCAGAUGAUUUCAGUGAUGGGCUUCACACGGAUCUCUUUGUUAUUUUUGUUGACGUGCUUAAGUGUUACUUGUGUAGAAUACGAAAUACCCUCAGUGACUUUGCAGGCGCUAAAACCAAAAGGGAUAAGAGUCUUCCUACCUGACGAUCCCAGAAUAAAGCUAUUUCUUUUCGAGGGAAUAGUUAAAUCAGAUAAUGGAACGAAAAGUGAAAGGGAAAUAUGGGGCUAUGGCAGUAAAAAGAAAUAUGGCUGGGUUUAUGAAGAUUUUGAUAUUGAAUUGAAAUUCGGUCAAUCCAUAGAUUAUAGUGUCUUCGUUUCUGGUAAUAAUCCUUCGUUUGAAUCCAAAGGAAGCGAUGGUGAAUCAGAACUUAAACUUUUUGGAAAUAUUAGAAAAUUUAACACAUUCCUUGUCACUGUUCUUGAAGACCCGACCGCCCAUGGUCCUCAUUGUCCAAAAACAGCUACAAGGGUCCGUGGCGGUAAAGCGUGUGCCAAAGAGGUCAUCUUCGAAGAUAACUUCAAUCGAUUCAGGGACGAUUUGUGGCAAAUAGAGCACUACAUACCAAUCGAUCACCCGGAACAUCCUUUUGUAUCAUACCAAAGGCGAACAACAGAUCCCACAGUGAAGAUAGAAAAUGGAACUCUUCAAAUCAUACCUAGAAUACAACAGGAUCUCUUGAAGAGUGAAUCCAUUUUGACUGCUACUCUGGAUUUAAACAGUGGAUGUACCCAACCCUUGUGUUCUAUUCGUGCUACUGGAGCAGAGAUCUUACCACCGAUAGCAAGCGGUCGACUCACGACCGCUAGAUUUGCUUUCACCUAUGGAACAAUUCACAUCCGAGCCAAGGUGCCCAUAGGAGACUGGAUCUAUCCAGAAAUUCUACUGGCGCCGUUGUCUCAAAAGUAUGGUUCUUUAAAUGAUGCGUCAGGAAUUUUAAAAAUUGCAUUAGUACGAGGGAAUGUUGAACCUGGCAAUGACAAAUAUGGAAAUAAAAUUCUCGCCGGAGGUCCAAUUAUCAAUGCAAAAUGUCGGUCUGCAUUAGAAUUUUAUUACAAAACAAUACCCGUUGGCUACUGGGGCGAUGACUUCCAUGAGUAUACUCUGCAUUGGGCACCGGAUCACUUAAAGUUCUCUGUAGAUAAUGUAACAUACGGUUUUUAUAAGCCGGGUGCUUCUGGCCUGAAGUCGUGGCUACCAUCUUCCUGUAGAGGUCCAUGGUAUGAGCUUCUUAAGACCGGAGGAAUCAUAGCUCCUUUUGAUGAUCAUUUUCAAAUAGUAUUAGGAGUGGCCGUGGGAGGCAGCGUGGAGUUUGCGGAUUAUAUAAAAUCAUCCAACGGUGAAAAUAAACCUUGGAGGAAUCGAGGGCGCAAAGCCAGUUUAAGCUUUUGGCAGAAUCGGGAUACUUGGCUGAACACGUGGACACAACCAGCCCUCGUCAUAGAUUACGUAAAGGUUGUGGCCUUAUGAUGAAUGCACUUGUCGUGACAACACAGCCAUGCUUAAGUUAUACUAGUGCAUCGCAAAUAAUGAAAAAUGUUAUAUAACUUUUUCAUAUCAUUCUAUUGUAUAAUAAUUAUGUUUUGUUACCUAUAUAAUAAAUUUAACAUUUUUAUUUACCGCUAUAACGAUUUUUUUGUGGUUUUUAUUUUAUUUGUAAAACUUAAAGGCAAAAAUUGUUUGAGGACAGCACUGUUAUAAUA